GUGUCUUCACAAAAUGGCGGAAGUCAACCAUGCAAAGUGUUUUUUGUAAUGAGUCUGCUUAAAUAGCUCUACAAAACUGCUUGGUGAGAAUGUCAGCUCUUCUAGACAGUGAUAGUAGUGAUGGAGAAGAUGAAGAUUUUGAAGGUUUUGUUGUCAGUCCUGAAGAAAAGGCAAGCUACAGAGUGUGGUCAAGGAGAAGAAGAGCUUUAAAUGCGGUGGAUAGUGACUCUGAAAGUGAAGAUGAUGAUAAUGAGGAAGAUGAUGAGGAGGAUGGAGACGGUGAAGAAGAGGAAGAAGAAUGUGAGGAUGAAGAAAAUGACGAACUUGAUGCUGUUCUUGAUGAUGUGAACUUUGAUGAAUCUGGUGAAGAGACAUCCACAAGCAACACUGACCAGUGUCCAGUGUGUUUGAUGUCUUUUAAAGAGCAGCUACUGGGAACACCUAACAACUGUUCACAUGUGUUUUGUUUUGAAUGUAUACAGGAAUGGUCAAAGAAUGCCAAUACUUGUCCAGUUGGACGGAAACCUUACACUGAAAUAUUAGUGCAUGCUUCAAGGAAAGGACCUGUGUUACAGAAAAUUCCAGUUGAAGAAAGACUAGAAGAAGAAGAUGACAUGGAGGAUGAUCCGACAUAUUGUGAGAUUUGUAGUCUUUAUGACAGAGAAGAACAAAUGUUGCUAUGUGAUGGAUGUGAUAAUGGUUAUCAUAUGGAAUGUUUAACGCCACCUUUAGAAUUUGUUCCUAUUGAGGAGUGGUACUGCCCGACGUGUUUUAAUCAACAAGAGGGUUAUGAAAACCCUGAGGACCUCCCUCAGGAGGGACACAGGGAAGGAGGUGUGAGAGAGGUGCCUCGUGGAAGGCUACGUGGGAGACCACAAGGAAGUACUUCAAGGCGCGUUUCUGUUUCGGAACGAACAGCUCCAGCCCGAAGAGCUCGAACAGUCGCCUCGACACGAGGUCGAGGCGGAACCCGCACCGCUCGCAGACGAGGGCGAGCGAGGAGUAGCAGUCGGGGGUUGGGGCGAGGGAACAGCACUAGAGUUCGAUCGAGUUCAACCACAACUGGAAGGAAAAGGAAGCGGAAAAAGAAGAGGAACAAGAGUAAAAAGAGGACGGGCACAUCGAGUACAAGAAAAGGAAAGAAAUCAUCCACAAAAACAACAUUGAAGGGAAGAAAGCGGCGUCGAGUAUGCGAGGAAGACGAAGUAUCGCCCUUUAUCUACGAACCUGUUAGGCGUGGAAGAACAGUUCAUGCCCGACUGUUGGAAAGUUUGAGUGCAGCGGGUCCUUCCGGCGCUGAGCCUGGCCGCUCAGCGUCUCUUGGAAGAGCACCUUUUCCUAACAGAGUCGAACCUAGUUCGAGUUUUUCGUUAUUUGGGAAUGCUUUUGCCCUGUAUGAUUUCGACGAUCAAGAUGAGGACGUACCCGAGACAGUUCACACUGAGGGUCAGGGUAAAGUUUUGAGCUCGGCGCCAACUGACCCAGAUGUCCUGGGAUCUAUAUUUCAAGACUUGGAUUCCUUGCACAGUCCCGACGUGCAUGUCGCGCGUGACGGGAAAUUGGUGCAGUCCACUGACCAGUCUUCGACUAAGCAUGUCAAGAAUAGAGAUGCACAGUCAGUACGCAGCAUGGACGAAAUAAAAAAUGAAAGUAAUUUGGAGACCAGAUGUGGAGACCAGAGGUGGAAACCAGAAGUGGAAGAGAAAAAUUUAGAUGACGAGGACAAAAAGACAAAAACUACGGAUAGUACCAAGCAUUCAUCUGGCGACAAACAAGGAGAAAAGCAGGGCUCGAGGAUCGAGACCAUUUCUGUUAAACUUUCUUCUUCCAAGUCAUCAGAGGAAAAUUAUACUGGUGCAUGUAGGAAACUGUCAAAUGCAGGAGAAAUUCAAAAUAGCUCUCUUGCGUCGUCAACGUCUUUAAAAAAAAGUUCUCCCCCUCUAACUUCCCCCUCUUUAAAACCGAUGCUCUCUGGUUUCAGAAUUCCAAAACGGAGCUCAAUUUCAGAAGAUAAACUGAAUCAAACGCCACCAAGUUUUCAUGGUAACUCGUCAAGCGUUAAUCAGGUACGAAGCCAAAAUUUUGCCGUCAUUUCCAACUUUAAAAUACCAAAAAGGAAAAACUUAUCUCCAACAGAAACCUCUUUCAAUACUGUUAGCAGUAAGCCUGUCAAAUCCGUGGGCCAGAUGGUAGCGACGCGUUCUUCAAGUAUUGUUAAACCAAGAGAUACGUCAUUGUAUCGCUUAUCUCUAGACAAAGUUGUUUCUCAGUCAUGUCCAAAAUCUAAUGCUACAGAAAGUUCCCGCAUUCAAUUUAACAGCGUAAGGCCUCUCCUGCGAGAGCACAUAACGAGGCAAGAUUCACGGAGUGAGUCAACAUCUGUACCAGGGGUGACUAGCGUGACUGGUGUGACAAAAUAUCAUGCAAAUAAUGUCACUGGCGUUACGUAUAAACACACAGCCAGCUCAAGAACCACAGCACCUUGUGUAACGAGUUCAAGUAAUACCGCUGCAUGUAAGACAAAGUUUGCUGGCGCAGCUCACAGUCAUGAUAAAACCACGAACAUAUCGUUGCCUUUGAGCAAGACAGUUCCUAUUAUCGAUCAACCAGCAACAGAGAAAGAGCAGCGACGUAGCAAUAUCGAAAUAAUAAGAAUGUUGAAUGAAAAGCAAAGGAGCAUAAGGGAGCAGAUGUUUGGUGAUCGUAAAUGCACCUCCGUUUCUGGUGACUUGGAAAAUGCGCAUGCGUUACGACAAAAGGGACUUCAUGUUUCUGAAAAGUCACCAAAACGUGGGAUUGUGUUACCGAUUGCUGUGGUCAAACCAUCUCCUCACGCCCCAAAUGUCCUAAGAAGCAGCUCAAGUUCCGUACGCUCUAACAAUUCAGAAAACUCGCCAGUGAAAAGUAUUGCCAGUGGAAUUAUAGAUGCACACAGCGGUAAUACUGAGGAGUUAAAAAAAGUGUGCUCAGAAUUUGAUUCACCCACCUCUCUUGGAUGUGAAAUUAGCGGCUCCAGUGUCGGACAUGAGGCGGGGGCCGUAAAACGCGACAGGGAGGCAGUGACAGGAGUUCAAAGUGACAGAGAGCAGCAAAGAAAACUGGGAAUAGCACGACUCCAACGGCAUGAGCAAAUAGUCGAUGAAGUUAAACUGGCACUGAAGCCAUUCUUUAGACAUGGAGAGAUCACAAAAGAUGACUACAAAGUUAUCAUGAGAAAGAGUGUGGAAAAGAUUAAAGAAUCAAGUAGCAGUGUGGACAGGGAAAGAGUUUGCAGACUUGUAAAGAAAUACAUCAAAAAAGUCAAGGGAGAUAAACUUGCACCGUAAAUUUAAGGGAAACAAUGGAACUAAUGUGAUUGUUAUCAAAAGUGAUAGAAAAGGUUCAUUUGUUCGGUUGACUGUUGCGAGAAUAUUUCAAAAUAUCCUCUAAGUUUUGUACAGGUUUAUGCAAUUGGUGUAUUUUAUCGUACCUGUUUCAAACCUAUUUUGAGAUUUCAAAGAGUUUAAGUGGGAAGGGCUUACACACUUGAUUCUUAUUGCUAUUGUUAUGUUUGUUUUACAACCUACCCAAGGAGGUACAUUUUACACGCUAAGUGCGACCAGGGAGAUCUUUGAAAUGAUAAGAAGGAAAAAUAAAAGAUGCACUAUCACGUUGUUAGA